CAUUAUCUAAAUGCCUUGAUGCCUCUAGAAAGCCCAAUGGCAGCCCACCGCUGUAAAAGCCCUCAUCCGGGAGGACUCGUGUUUCACAACUACUAAUCAGGCGUCCUCAGUCAAAGCCCAGACUGCAUUCUGGGUAGCCUCUUGGGUCUUUCAGCCCUUACUUCACUAUACAAGGAGUUGUCCACUACUCUGUAACACUUGGUGAGCAUCUUUUUUGGACUUCUGGUAGUCAGGAGACUGCAGGCAAUGAUCCAAAGAAGGAUAAAUGUUGUGGUGGCAUCUUUAGACCCUUACAAUUAAGGCUUAAUUAGAUUAGACAUCUCCCAUCGGAGGUGUGUAUAUAAAUCCAGGUUUAGGGCAAGAGCCUGUGUGUAUCGUGAGUGAGUGGAGCUAUUCAGCCACCUGGGGUAAGUUCUUUCUCAUUUUUUGUGGUGAUUAUUUUUACAUUUGUUUUUCUUUAGUGGUAAUUAAACGUGAACAUCAUGUCCAGUGAAGUUGUGUCUUUUUACCAAUUUUAUGUGAAAAGAAUACCUUAACACAUAAUGUGUCAGUUUACUGAUUUUAAAUUUGACAGAUGUCCAAAGUCAAGGCUGCACCCCCACCAGGGUGCACAAUUAAUAUCGACGACCCUCAAGUACAAGAGGCAGCUAUCCGCAUCCAAGCUUCUUAUCGGGGCCAUCGGUCCAGGAAAGAGCUACGUGAAAAAGGUCCACCAAAGUUUCUGCAGGAGUUAAAAGAUGUGCUCCUGGUGGAAGGAAGUGCAGCAAAGUUGGAGUGCCGGGUCAGUGCUUUUCCUGACCCCUUUAUCAUCUGGUCAAAAGACGGAAAAGAGCUAAAAGAUGGACCCAAGUAUUGCUAUGUAUUUGAGGACCCUGAUAUUGUGGCGCUAGUGGUGCGUGAUGGAGAGUUAGCAGAUCUGGGCAGAUACACUGUUACUAUUAAAAACCCCUUUGGUCAGACAUCCGGCUCUGCCUGUAUCAGAGUGGAAGUCCCUGCUAAGGUGACCAAAGGACCAGACAGUAUAAAAGGCAGAAGAGGUACAACGGUGGUGCUGAAGGCAGAGAUCAGUGGGGAACCUCCCCCUGAUGUUGGCUGGCUCAAGGAUGGAGACGAUAUAGAGGAAGACGACAGAGUAUUUUUCGAUGUUGGUGACAUCAACACCAUUCUCACUAUUAAAAGUGCACGUCCAUCGGAUUCAGGGAAGUACGAGGUGUUUGUGGAGAACAACUUGGGAACAGAUCAGUCCUUUGCUCGAGUGGACAUCCUGUGAGGACAACCAAAUUGUUACA